AUGGCUCGCUUCGGAGACGAGGUGCCGGCUCGCUACGGGGCUGGCGGCUCCGGGGGAGCGGGCUCCGGGGGCGCGGCGGGCGGUGGAGGCGGCCGGGGUGCAGGGGGCAGCCGGCAGGGCGGACCGCCCGGGGCCCAGAGGAUGUACAAGCAGUCGAUGGCCCAGCGAGCCCGCACCAUGGCUCUCUACAACCCCAUCCCCGUCCGGCAGAACUGCCUGACUGUCAACCGGUCCCUGUUCCUCUUCAGCGAGGACAAUGUGGUGAGGAAAUACGCCAAAAAGAUCACCGAAUGGCCUCCUUUUGAAUACAUGAUUUUAGCUACUAUCAUAGCGAACUGCAUUGUUCUUGCUCUGGAGCAGCACCUGCCUGAUGAAGACAAGACCCCGAUGUCAGAACGACUGGAUGACACGGAACCAUAUUUCAUCGGAAUCUUUUGUUUUGAGGCUGGAAUUAAAAUCAUCGCCUUAGGGUUUGCUUUCCACAAAGGCUCCUAUCUGAGGAACGGGUGGAAUGUGAUGGACUUUGUGGUGGUUCUUACAGGCAUCUUGGCCAAAGUCGGCUCCGACUUCGACCUGCGAACACUGCGGGCAGUUCGUGUGCUCCGGCCGCUAAAGCUGGUGUCGGGGAUCCCAAGUUUACAAGUUGUUCUGAAGUCCAUCAUGAAGGCUAUGAUACCUCUGCUACAAAUUGGCCUACUCUUGUUUUUUGCAAUCCUUAUUUUUGCAAUCAUAGGAUUAGAAUUUUAUAUGGGAAAAUUUCACACCACCUGCUUUGACGCGGUGACAGGCGAAAUCAAGGUCGAUGUUCCAUGUGGGACAGAAGAACCAGCCCGCAUGUGCCCCAAUGGGACAGAAUGCCGUGAGUACUGGGAAGGCCCGAAUUACGGGAUCACGCAGUUCGAUAACAUCCUGUUUGCUGUGCUGACUGUCUUCCAGUGUAUCACCAUGGAAGGGUGGACCGAACUCCUUUAUUAUAGCAACGAUGCCUCAGGGAACACUUGGAACUGGCUGUACUUCAUCCCCCUCAUCAUCAUUGGCUCCUUUUUUAUGCUGAACCUUGUGCUGGGGGUGCUGUCUGGGGAGUUUGCCAAGGAAAGAGAGCGGGUGGAAAACCGGCGGGCGUUUCUCAAGCUGAGACGGCAGCAGCAGAUUGAGAGGGAGCUCAACGGCUACAUGGAGUGGAUCUCCAAAGCGGAAGAAGUGAUCCUAGCGGAGGAUGAGACGGAGGAGGAGCAGAGGCUCCCGUUUGAUGUUGGAGCUCUGCGGAGAGCCACCAUCAAGAAGAGCAAGACAGACCUGCUGAACCCGGAGGAAGCAGACGAUCAGCUGGCCGACAUCUCCUCAGUGGGUUCACCCUUUGCUCGAGCCAGCAUCAAAAGUGCCAAGCUGGAAAACUCCACCUUUUUCCACAAAAGGGAGAGGAGGAUGCGUUUCUAUAUCCGCCGAAUGGUCAAAACUCAGGCCUUUUACUGGACAGUCCUCAGUCUGGUAGCACUCAACACAUUGUGUGUUGCUAUAGUACACUACAGCCAGCCAGAUUGGCUGUCUGACUUCCUCUACUAUGCAGAAUUCAUUUUCUUAGGACUCUUUAUGUCCGAAAUGUUUAUAAAAAUGUAUGGGCUCGGAACGCGGCCUUACUUUCAUUCCUCCUUCAACUGCUUCGACUGCGCCGUUAUCAUAGGGAGCAUCUUUGAGGUGAUCUGGGCUGUCAUGAAGCCUGGAACAUCCUUUGGAAUCAGCGUGUUACGAGCUCUCAGGUUAUUGCGUAUUUUCAAAAUCACAAAGUACUGGGCUUCCCUGCGGAACCUGGUGGUGUCUCUCCUGAACUCCAUGAAGUCCAUCAUCAGCUUGCUGUUCCUCCUCUUCCUCUUCAUCGUCGUCUUUGCCCUUCUGGGGAUGCAGCUCUUUGGGGGCCAGUUCAAUUUUGACGAUGGGACCCCUUCCACCAACUUCGACACUUUCCCAGCAGCAAUAAUGACAGUAUUUCAGAUCUUGACUGGCGAAGACUGGAACAUGGUAAUGUACGAUGGUAUCAAAUCUCAGGGCGGAGUCCAUCAGGGGAUGGUGUACUCGGUCUAUUUCAUUGUUCUGACCCUGUUUGGUAACUAUACCCUGCUGAACGUGUUUUUGGCUAUCGCUGUGGAUAACCUGGCUAACGCCCAGGAGCUCACCAAGGAUGAACAAGAGGAGGAGGAGGUGGCCAACCAAAAACUUGCACUACAGAAAGCCAAGGAGGUGGCAGAAGUGAGCCCCUUGUCUGCAGCCAGCAUGUCUAUAGCGGUGAAAGAGCAGCAGAAGAACCAAAAAUCCUCCAAGUCUGUCUGGGAGCAGAGAACGAGUGAGAUGCGGAAGCACAAUCUGCUGGCGAGCCGGGAAGCCCUGUACAAUGAGCUGGACCCCGAGGACCCAUGGAAGGUGACCUAUGCCCGGGCCAUGCGGCCUGACAUCAAGACCCACCUGGACCGGCCCCUGGUGGUUGACCCUCAGGAGAACCGCAACAACAACACCAACAAGACCCGGCCCAACGAGCCCUCUCUGGAGCAGCGCCUCAGCCAGCAGCGGGCUGAGGAUUUCCUGCGCAAGCAGGCCCGCUACCACGAGCGCUCGCGGGAGUUCAGCAGCUCCCGCAGCUCCGAGCAGCCUGAUGCAGAGGGUCUUGAGGCCCGACGGCAGCGCAGCGGGAGCAAGGAGACCAAUCUGAACCAGGACGGCACCUACCGGGAGCUGGACUAUCCCAGCCAGGGGUACGAGAGCAGCCGGGAGCUGGGCUACCGCGACAGCGCCUCGGAGCGGAUCAAAGCUGUCGACCCGCACCGCAGGCACCACCGCCGGCAAGGGGGCAGCAAAGAGAGCCGCAGCGGGUCGCCCCGGAUGGCCGAGGGCGAGCGGGAUCAUCGGCGGCACCGGGCCCACCGCCGGAUGGGAGAGGAGGGCGGCGGGAGCCGGGACGAGGGCGGCAAGGUGGAGCGGCGACUGCGGCACCGGGAAGGGAGCCGGCCCUCCCGCGGGGACGUGGAGGGUGAGCAGCCCGACGGGGAGAGACGCCGGCGCCACCGGCACGCCGCGCAGUCCACCUACGACACCGACGGCAAGAGGGAUGACAGGGAGAGGCGGCACCGGCGCAGGAAAGAGAGCCAAGGCCCCAGCCCAGUGCCCGGCCCGAACCUCUCCACCACGCGGCCGAUCCAGCAGGACAUGGGGCGCCACGAGCCGCAGGUGGCGGAGGACAUAGACAACAUGAAGAACAACAAACUAGCCACCACGGAGCCCUCAACCCCCCACAAUGCCAGCCACCUCCAGAGCCCAGCCAAGGUGGGCCACCAUGCCAACUGCACGGCCACCCGGGCACCCCACAACCUUCCUGGCACCCUGGGCCAGCCACCCCCCAACUCCCAGAAUGCUGCCAACCGCCAGGCACCCAGCAACCCGCCCCAGCCCGGGCCCCCGAAAAGCCCCGAGAACAGCCUUAUAGUCACCAACCCCAGCACCCAGAACAACCCAGCCAAGGCUGCCAAGAAGCCAGAGCACACCACAGUGGAUAUCCCAGCCACCUUCACACCACCCAUCAACAACACCGUUGUGCAAGUGAAUAAAAACGCCAAUCCGGACCCACUGCCAAAGAAGGAGGAAGAGAAGAAAGAGGAGGAGGAUGGCGAGCAGGAGGAGAAUGGGCCUAAGCCCAUGGUUCCCUACAGCUCCAUGUUCAUCCUCUCCACCACCAAUCCGUUUCGCAGGCUCUGCCAUUACAUCGUGAACCUGCGGUACUUUGAGAUGUGCAUCCUGAUGGUGAUCGCCAUGAGCAGCAUCGCGCUGGCCGCCGAGGACCCGGUGCAGCCCAAUGCUACCCGGAACAAUGUUCUGCGCUACUUUGACUACGUCUUCACGGGUGUCUUCACCUUUGAGAUGGUCAUUAAGAUGGUCGACCUGGGGCUGGUUCUUCACCAAGGCGCCUAUUUCCGGGACCUGUGGAACAUCCUGGAUUUCAUCGUGGUCAGCGGAGCUCUGGUGGCCUUUGCCUUCACGAGCAGCUCACGAGGCAGCAGCAAAGGGAAGGACAUUAACACCAUCAAAUCAUUGCGUGUCCUCCGCGUCCUCAGGCCCCUGAAAACUAUCAAGCGAUUGCCAAAGCUCAAGGCUGUCUUCGACUGCGUGGUGAACUCUCUCAAAAACGUCCUCAACAUCCUCAUCGUCUACAUGCUCUUCAUGUUCAUCUUCGCCGUGGUGGCCGUCCAGCUCUUCAAGGGCAAGUUCUUCUACUGCACGGAUGAGUCCAAGGAGUUUGAGAAGGACUGUAGGGGCGAGUACCUGGUCUACGAGAAGGACAACGAAGUGAAAGCCCAGAAGCGAGAGUGGAAGAAAUACGAGUUCCACUACGACAACGUGCUGUGGGCUCUCCUGACGCUCUUCACCGUGUCCACGGGGGAAGGCUGGCCACAAGUCCUCAAGCACUCGGUGGACGCCACGUAUGAGAACCAGGGCCCCAGCCCCGGCUAUCGUAUGGAGAUGUCCAUCUUCUACGUCGUCUACUUCGUGGUCUUCCCAUUUUUCUUUGUGAACAUUUUCGUGGCCUUGAUCAUCAUCACGUUCCAGGAGCAGGGGGAUAAGAUGAUGGAGGAAUACAGCCUGGAGAAGAACGAGAGAGCCUGCAUCGACUUCGCCAUCAGCGCCAAGCCCCUGACCCGGCACAUGCCUCAGAACAAGCAGAGCUUUCAGUACCGCAUGUGGCAGGUCGUGGUGUCGCCGCCCUUCGAGUACACCGUCAUGGCCAUGAUCGCCCUCAACACCAUUGUCUUGAUGAUGAAGUUCGACAAGGCCUCCACUGCUUAUGAGGACGUGCUAAAGAUGUUCAACCACGUCUUCACUUCAUUAUUUUCCCUGGAGUGUCUGCUGAAGAUCAUGGCCUUUGGAGUGCUGAAUUAUUUCCGUGAUGCCUGGAAUAUCUUUGAUUUUGUCACAGUUCUGGGUAGCAUCACAGACAUCUUAGUGACAGAGUUUGGGAACAACUUCAUCAACCUGAGCUUCCUGCGGCUCUUCCGUGCUGCCCGCCUCAUCAAGCUCCUGCGUCAGGGCUACACCAUCCGCAUCCUGCUGUGGACCUUCGUCCAGUCCUUUAAGGCCCUUCCCUACGUCUGCCUGCUGAUUGCUAUGCUCUUCUUCAUCUACGCCAUCAUCGGCAUGCAGGUGUUCGGUAACAUUGGCAUCGAAGACGAAGAGGAGGACUCGGCUAUCACAGAACACAAUAACUUCCGCACCUUCUUCCAGGCCCUCAUGCUUCUGUUUAGGAGCGCCACAGGCGAGGCCUGGCACGAGAUCAUGCUGUCCUGUCUGAGCGGGAAGCCCUGCGACGAGAACUCAGGCAUCAAGGAGAAAGAGUGUGGCAACGAGUUCGCCUAUUUUUAUUUUGUCUCCUUCAUUUUCCUCUGCUCCUUCCUGAUGCUGAACCUGUUUGUGGCCGUCAUCAUGGACAACUUUGAGUACCUGACCCGAGACUCCUCCAUCCUGGGGCCCCACCACCUGGACGAGUACGUGCGUGUGUGGGCAGAGUACGACCCCGCCGCUUGUGGCCGAAUUCAUUAUAAGGAUAUGUACAGUUUAUUACGUGUUAUCUCUCCCCCACUGGGCUUAGGCAAGAAAUGCCCUCAUAGGGUUGCUUGCAAGAGGCUGCUCCGCAUGGACCUGCCUGUGGCUGAUGACAACACCGUCCACUUCAACUCAACCCUCAUGGCUCUGAUCAGGACUGCGCUGGACAUCAAGAUCGCCAAAGGAGGAGCCGACAAGCAGCAGAUGGACGCCGAGCUGCGGAAGGAGAUGAUGGCCAUCUGGCCCAACCUCUCCCACAAGAACCUGGAUCUCCUUGUCACCCCUCACAAAUCCACGGACCUGACAGUGGGGAAGAUCUACGCCGCUAUGAUGAUCAUGGAGUACUACCGGCAAAGCAAGGCCAAGAAGCUCCAGGCCAUGAGGGAGGAGCAGAACCGAACGCCGCUCAUGUUCCAGCGUAUGGAGCCGCCGUCCCCCACCCAGGAGGGGGUCCCGGGGCAGAACGCUCUCCCGUCCUCCCAGCUGGACCAAGGGGGUGGCCUGAGUGCGCCUGAAGGGGGCAUCAAGGAGAGCCAGUCCUGGGUCACCGAGCGGGCACAGGCCAUGUUCCAGAAGACGGGCCCCUGGAGUCCAGAGCGAGGUCACCCCGAAGACGUGCCUAACAGCCGACCCAAUUCCCAGUCUGUGGAGAUGAGAGAGAUUGGGAAGGACGGCUACUCAGACAGCGACCACUACCUCCCCAUGGAAGGGCACGGCCGGGCGGCCUCCAUGCCGCGACUCCCCGCUGAAAACCAGAGGAGGAAGGUGCGACCCCGAGGAAAUAAUCUCAGUACGAUCACGGACGCCAGCCCCAUGAAGCGCUCUGCCUCCAUGCUGGGCCACUCGCGCUCCAGAGGCAUCCGGCUGGACGACUACUCCUUGGAGAGGGUGGUCCCCGAGGAGAACCAGCGGCACCACCAGCGGCGGAGGGAGCGGAGCCACCGGGUCUCGGAGCGCUCACUCAGCCGCUACGCGGACGUGGACACAGGGCUGGGCACGGACCUGAGCAUGGCCACGCCGUCGGGCGACCUACCUCCCAAAGAAAGAGACCAGGAGCGAGGACGACCCAAGGACCGGAAGCAUCACCACCAUCACCGCCAUCACCACCCCUCCUCCGACAAGGAGCGCUACUCGCAGGAGAGACAUGAGCACAGCCGGCCCCGCUCCAGAGACAGGCGUUGGUCCAGAUCCCCCAGCGAGGGCCGUGAGCACAUGCCCCACAGGCAGGGUAGUAGUUCCGUAAGUGGCAGUCCAGUCCUUUCAACGUCCGGCACCAGUACCCCAAGGCGAGGACGCCGCCAGCUCCCACAGACCCCUUCUACGCCCCGGCCACACGUGUCCUAUUCCCCUGUGGUCCGUAAGGUCAUCAGUACAGGCCCUCAGCAGCAGCCGCAGUCAGUGCAUCACCCCAGCCGGAUAUCCACCCCCGUGCCGAGACGAUACCCCUCACUCCCUGCCGAGCCCCAGGCAGCAGAGCGGCCCGGCAGAUCGCCUGCCUUGGAGAGACACACGGUCCCGCCGCGGAACGAUUCACCCCGAGCCUACCGCCACGCCAGCAGCCGGUGGUCGGUGCCCCACGUCUCCGAGCCGCACCCGGGACCCCGUCGUGGCGGUUAUUACCGGAGUCCGGACUGCGCCGCGCCCCCCAGCGAGGACGCCUUCUCCUACGAGACCACACACAUCAGCAGCUCAGGGCGUUCGCCCAGGACUUCCCGGGCGGGUGGCGGCUCUUCACCCUCCAGGCCUGGGCGGCGACUUCCUAACGGAUAUUACCACUCCCGUGGAGCGGCCAAGCCACGCUCGCGCCACGGACUGCAUGAACCCUCUAGCGAAACUGACGAAGAUGACUGCUGCUAAGCUGGAAGUGGUUUGACACACACAUGCACACUCGCAACACACACACACUGGACAGAGACGACAUUACCAGAUUGGGGGGGGAGGGGGGAGGAAAAUCACAACAAUCUGCCCUAGGGGAGGUGUCUGGAGAGAGAGUGCUCAAAUUGCAGAGGGAAGUAACUUUGGU